AUGGCAGCUGGUGAGAAGGAGGUCGAGUCAGCCUUGGAACCAGGCGCAACCCCGGAUUCUGGAACGUCAGGAACUACCUCAGCCAUGGCCGCGACCUCGUCAGCGAUCGUUGCGGCGGCCAGGACCGGAACUGAAGGCACGGUCUCCAAGGGCGCCUUGGCUGCCAAGCUGCUGUCCCUCAACGGCGUGUUCGCCGUGCAGAAACCCAAAGGGCCCACUUCAGCCGAGCUCCUGAACCGGCUGAAGGAGAAGCUGCUGGCAGAAGCUGGAAUGCCUCCCCGAGAAAGGACUAAGAGGAAAAAGCAGACUUUGAAGAUUGGGCAUGGAGGGACUCUGGACAGCCCCGCCCAAGGAGUGCUAGUGGUUGGAAUUGGAAGGGGAACAAAAAUGCUGACCAAUAUGUUGUCUGAGUCUAAGAGGUAUAUUGCUGUUGGAGAACUGGGGAGGGCCACUGACACCCUGGAUUCUACAGGGAAAGUAACAGAAGAAAAACCUUACGAUAAAAUAACACGAGGAGAUAUGGAAAGCAUUCUACAGAAGUUUACUGGGAACAUAAUGCAAGUACCUCCCCUCUAUUCUGCGUUAAAGAAGGAUGGACAAAGACUUUCGACUUUGGUGAAGAGAGGAAAAAUAGUAGAAGCAAAAUCAGCCAGGCCAGUCACUGUGUACGGCAUCUCCCUUCAGAAAUUCCAACCACCAUUCUUCACAUUGGAUGUUGAAUGUGGAGGAGGCUUUUACAUCAGAAGCUUGGUCAAUGACAUUGGCAAAGAAUUGUCUUCCUGUGCCAACGUACUAGAGCUGACCCGAACCAAACAGGGGCCAUUUACCCUGGAAGAGCACGCCCUUCCUGAAGACAGGUGGACCAUUGAUGCCAUUGCGCAGUCUGUUGAGCAUUGCUCAUCUCUUCUCCCCACAGAGUUGGCCCUUAAAAAACCAAAACCCGAGGAGUCCAGUGAAAAGGUUUUGAGCUGUAAAUCUAUAACCUUCAGUGACACCAAAGGGAAAGAUGAUGCAAUUAAAACAUUUUGACCAGGACCCUCGA